AUGCCCUCCCUCGCACCCCCAAAAUCCACCUCCACCCGCUCCUCCACCCCGACCAAGUCGCAAAAGUACAUCCGCGCGCACUUCUGCCUGAUACACCUGAACAAUCACCUCGAACAGACCGAAACCACGCCCGUCACACUCGAAGACGCCUCCUCCGCCGCCGGCAUUGAGAUCUCCCGCGUUGGCUUCGUCCGCGCCGCUCACCACGCCGGGAACAAUGGUAUCGAGCUCGCCUUCCAGCCCGCCUUCUUCAGCCCGCUGCGCAGUGCUGACUUCGUUAGCCGGGGCCACACAUCUCGUGAUACCGGAGACGGCCAUCUCGAGCAUCUGGACCAUGGCCAUAAUAAAGCCCAAAAUGAGCGUGGCGAGAAUUCCGGGUUGAAUACCCGGCCCCGUCCGGACUCUAGGUCCGCGUCUAGUUCUGCCACGCUCGAACAAGAGCAAGAACCCGUUGCUGUGACGGUUGCAUCGCGCGUCCCGUAUACGCCUGCAACGCCGCGGCUCCGGCCGGUGUCGGACGCGAGUUGCUCGUGCCCUACCUCUGACUCUUAUCUCACUGGUAUAGGCGAUAUCCCGGCUCUGGACCUGGAUCUGGACCGCGUCCCGGUCUGUCCGGCUCCGGCGCCGCGGCUCAGAGCAGUGUCGGACGCCAGCUGCCCGUCUCUCUGCGAACAGGAUCCCAACUUGAUAGGCGCAAUCCCGACCCCGGUCGAAGACAUGAAGACCCCGCGCUCUAACCUGAACAAUGCAGAUGAACUCAGCCGCGGCCAUGAAGUCCGGAUUGAGGUCCGCGAAGUCGAAGAGGACGAGACGGACACGGCCCAUGUCCGGACCGCCAACAUGCAGCCUGGGCCUGGUCCUACUUCCCGCCGCGGCUACGGCCAUGCCAAUACCAGUACUAAUCCUAAUCCUAAUACUAAUGCCCCCGCCCUCCCACCUGCACCAUUCGAGGUCCUCGACCCCCCCGAACCCAAACCAAGCGCACUACCAGAUCCAGAGCUGGAAAGGCAGAGUGAGAACCACACCUGGAUCACACACACCGAACCCCCCGCCCCAGUCCGCCGCCUGCGCACCGCCCCGCUGUACCUCCCGCACACGCCGCACCACAUGCACCCGAACCCAGGACAACUCCUUUUCAGGAACGCUGGCAGGCUAUGUUGCAGUAUCGAAGAUGCAGCUGAGGAGAUUGAGGAGCGGCCGCGGUCUGUUUCACUGGGAACCUUCUCCCUCGCCGAGUCAGGUCGGGAGUAUAGAUACCCCUGGGCUGUGGGGGAUGUCUAUGCAUAUGUGCAUGACCUCGACGGCUCUCCUCAUCCCAACACGAUUGUGACCGUGCUUAUUGGGGCGGGCGGGACAGAUGAGGAGCUCUGCAUGGCGGAGUUCAAGGCGGCCGUUGGGGUUUUGUGCGCUGUGCAUGAGAGGGAGAGGGGUGAGGGGUUUGUGUCUGUUUCUGCGGGAAACGGGCCGAUUGCGGUUCUGCUUCUCGCGUACUUCGGUUCCGGGCAUGGGCGGAUCAUGCAGGUUUAUCAUGACGGGGAGAAUCUGAAUGUUCAGUAUUCGCCCUUGCUGACGUUUGAUAUGAAAGAUAAGCUUACCGAGUCGCUUUUCACUCGAUAUACCGCUGGCCGUCCUGUAAACGCCUGA